AUGAUGAAAAUGUUGAUCCUUGCUCUGCUUACCUGGAUGGCUCUGACCGUCACUCCGGUUCCCGCCUCACCGCUCCCCACCACGGCACUCCCAUCUCAAAUCCAAGAGAAUGAUGAUGCCAUGUCGACCGUCCAAUCCGCCAGCAACCAAUCCCAACUUGUCGCCAAUGAAAUGACUCCCACUCCUCCAAUUCCGGCCACGGAUCAAAACAGAACCGAGGACAAUGAUAUCCAGUCGACCGCCUCCCUCCCCAACGUCAAUCCCUCUCCGGUCAACCCAACGACUUCUUCAAAUCCCAGAUCACUGAAUUCAUCGUCUUCUGAAAUCGCUGCUGCUCCAACCACGUUGAAACCAUUCGCUCCGCCUUUUCCGAAAUCGAAGGAUCCACGAAUCAAAUAUGAAAUGAUUGUCUUGAAUGACGAAGAUCCGGAGGACCAAAAAGAAUCAACGACUGAAGCUACUGCUGUUCAACCCACCCGUUACUGGGAUCAAUACGAUCUCAGUGAAUGGAACAAACGCCAAAGAAUCAAAAUGAGAGCACACCAGGAACUCUUCCAUCGAUUGCAUCACGGAAAAGCAGCUCCCCCAAUGGACUCGGACGAAAUGAUGGAUGUAAUACCAGACUAUGGUGAGGGGAUCCAUUAUUCGGAGGACGAUCUCAAAAAUAUGGGAAUAAAGAAACGGGUUGAAUAG